AUGGCCCUUACGAGAUGUAAGGGCUUGGGUCUGGGAGGAGCCCCAACGCGUCUCUCCGGAUUCCUAACCUCAGGCACGUAUGCGGUGGGUUUUCCUGACACGGCGGUCACUGGACUGGCCGCAGUAGCUGCUGCAUGUUUGCUAGGUUCGAGCUGUGCUGAGGUCGGAGGUGUGGAGGUCGACGACGACGAUGACAAUGGCAACGAAAAAGGCAGCGGGAGCAGCAGCAGCCACCACCACAAUAACAACAACAAUUACUACUACGACUACGACUACGACUACGACUACGACUACGACUACGACUACGACUACGACUACGACUACGACUACGACUACGACUACGACUACGACUACGACUACGACUACGACUACGACUACGACUACGACUACGACUACGACUACGACUACGACUACGACUACGACUACGACUACGACUACGACUACGACUACGACUACGACUACGACUACGACUACGACUACGACUACGACUACGACUACGACUACGACUACGACUACGACUACGACUACGACUACGACUACGACUACGACUACGACUACGACUACGACUACGACUACGACUACGACUACGACUACGACUACGACUACGACUACGACUACGACUACGACUACGACUACGACUACGACUACGACUACGACUACGACUACGACUACGACUACGACUACGACUACGACUACGACUACGACUACGACUACGACUACGACUACGACUACGACUACGACUACGACUACGACUACGACUACGACUACGACUACGACUACGACUACGACUACGACUACGACUACGACUACGACUACGACUACGACUACGACUACGACUACGACUACGACUACGACUACGACUACGACUACGACUACGACUACGACUACGACUACGACUACGACUACGACUACGACUACGACUACGACUACGACUACGACUACGACUACGACUACGACUACGACUACGACUACGACUACGACUACGACUACUACUACAACUACCCUACUACUACAAUUUUUGAUCGAACGAAGGCGAAGCACGGAGAAGUCUCCGAGGACAUGACUUGCGGCCGAGCAGGGGAUUUUGAGACUAGCCUUGGUGUCAAGAUGCAGGAACAUAAACCUUACAGAUGGACGGUCAAGAACGUCGACCCCCUCCAGCCGCGGAGCCUGAUGUGCCGAGGCUAA